AUGACAUAUGCACAUACUCGCCAUCACCGUUUGCUUGGGUGGCGUCUCGAUAAAGAUGAUGUACAAUCCGAUGAUGAAGAGUUUGAAGAACUCCCCAUCAUGAGGGGAAUGCAGCCUAUUGGGAGCCGCUUCUAUGAAGGUGCAAAUGUCUACAGGUUUUUCGACUCUUCGGGUGCUACCCGCUGCUGGUGCCGAUUAGUAGGGCGCCGAUGGAGGCCUCGACUUACCGUGGAUGAGGCAGAGAGAGCCGUCCGCGAGUUGAUAAGACAAGGCUUGAUGGAGGAUAGCCAGGAUUUAUUCAUGUGGUGGGCGACUACAAACGCUCAACAUGAGAUGAAUCAACGUCGGGAGAAUCAGCGUCAGGAGAAUCAGCGUCAGGAGAACCUGCGUUAG